AUAUGUUGGGUCUUGCAUUACUACAGAAAGAACAAUAUGCGGAUGGAGUAAGAGAAUUAGCAAAGCAUUGUUUCUCUUGUAUAUGUACAUCAGAGAAGCCUGUGAGUCGGCUCUCAAGGACAAACAUGAGCUUGAUUGCUCUCAGAUGGAAGGGUUCAUAGGCAAUAGAUCGACAUCCCUGUUGAAGCAACUGGAUGCCUUAGGCAGGGUUUUCAGGAUCACUGCAGAAGACGAUACUCCCACCAAGGUACCAGAUUACCUAUGCUGUAAGAUCACGCUUGACAUUUUACGUGACCCUGUCAUUACGCCCAGUGGGGUUACAUAUGAAAGGGCACUGAUCCUUGAUCAUCUGCAUAAGGUUGGAAAAUUUGACCCGGUUACUCGACAACCCCUCAAGGAAUCUCAGCUGGUGCCAAAUUUGGCCAUAAAAGAAGCUGUACAUGCAUUUUUGGAUAAGCAUAGCUGGGCAUACAGGAUGGGUUGAACCUCUUUCUUGGCUUGGUUGGUGCAUGUGAUUGCUGAUGCUACUAAUACCAAGAGAUGGAGGGGUGGUUGGAG